AGGUGGCAGUGUCCUCAUUGCUGUGUCUGUCGUCAGUCAGAGAGCUUCCGCUACAGGUGUGUGAGUUGUAUCAGAAGGGAUUCGUACUGGCUGCUGUCCAUCCCUUUGUUCACUCCUGCGGCCCUGCUAGUGCUAACCUUCAGAAGCAGUUACACCGAGCCGUGCUAAUCCGAGAAACACACAGUGGUUCUGAUAGUGGCCUGCUGGACUGGGUUGAGCCUCAUCUCACGACAGACGUGUGUUACCUCGGUCACCAGGACCCUGACCCAGAAGUUAUACAGGGCUAUGUAAAAAAGAUUUUAUUACCUCUGAUUUCUUUUUGUCUUAGUGAUGGAAGUUUGGCCACAAAACAGAUCCUCUUCCUCCAGAGACCCACGCUGCCUCGCAAGAGGAGAGACUUGACUAAACUGAACCUCAGAGGUCAAAACAAAAGGAACUUCAAUAAUAAAAGGACAUCAGAGGUGGAGAUAUCACCGCUGGCAACAAUUGAGAGAGAAAUGGAAAGAAUGGAGAGAGAAAACACAAGUCUGAUGAGACAACGUGAGAUUAUCCAGAAGGAAAAUGGGCAAAAUUUACCAGAAAGCCCAGAGAGCAGAGAUCAAGCGGAAAGGACAGUGGAAUUCCACAGGCAGAGGAUCGACAUCUCAAACAUCAGCCCAGCAAAAAAGGAUGGAAUUACAAACGGCAAUCAGGAAUUAAAGCGCACAAUUACAUGUGGUAAACAUGAGGACAAGCGAGCGGUCGUAACAGAGAGAGCUUUAUUCUCUGGAGUGUGCUGACAGUAUUCAUUUAUGGAUAUUUAACCAUUACAAUAUGUUCAUGUUUAUUCAGGCAGAACACACUCUCGUCAGGCCCGUGUCUGGGCAUAUUCAUCUGCUGACAGAGUAACUUGUCUGUAAGAUUGCAAAGUGGUUUUAGAAUCCUGCCGCUCCUAAUUAUUUGGGUUUUUUAAGGUGAAUUCCUGUAACAAAUGGCAAGAAAUUCUAACAAAUAUGUGAAAACAUCUGUUUGAGGGGCUCUCAAUAUGCUAAACGCUGACCAAUGUGUUGAGGCUUGUACCUGUGUGAAUCUGUGAUGUUAACUCAUUUUAUUACAUACAGUAUUAGUGUAUGCAAUAUAUCGUGCACUAGCUCAAAUGCAUAAAAUCCACAAGAUGUUCAUUUAUUUAAUCAGUAAGUAUUGCAUCAGUUAUUUCAUUUAUUUAUAUCAGUGAGGAUGGCAGUAACUAAUGUCCAAAUUUGUAAAGUAACAGUAAGUGAACGUCUGUGAGACAGUUAAUGGUGUAAAUAAAAGCUCUCAAUAAUGGGCUUCUGAUGCAAAUUAAAAGCGCAUCAUUUACAGAAACAACUUGC